AUGCCGCUCACGACGAGUCAAAAGAAAAGAAAGGUCCUCGAGGGCUUCCAGGGCAAGGCAGGUCGCCCGAACAAGAAGUUCAGAAAGCAGCGCGAAUACCACAGCAGCUCCGAUGAGGCCAGCGACGCCGACGAGCCUACAGACUUUAAAGCAGUCAACCUUGCAGAUUCCGACGACGAGGUCGAGAAAGUAGCUCCAAAGAAGACGACGACGAAACAAGCGCGGAAACACGAGCCUCCAAAAAAGGCAGAAAGCGACGAUGAGGAGGAACAACCCGGCUCAAAUACCUCUUCCGAUGCGGACGACGACGAAGAUGAUGCCGAUUCCGACGCCUCAUUGCCAACGGGCUCAAUAGGACAGCGAUCGGUUCCGAAGCGCAAUGAUCCUACUGCUUUUUCGACCUCUAUUUCCAAGAUCCUUGCUACAAAACUGCCGACAUCCGCCCGCGCAGAUCCUGUGCUGUCUCGCAGCAAGAUUGUCACCCAGACCUCUACCGACCUCGCGGAAGAAAAGCUCGACAAUCAGGCACGUGCAAAGCUACGAGCGGAAAAGAAAGAGGAGCUAGAUCGUGGUCGUGUUCGUGACGUUCUGGGUAUUGGACUCGGCCAGGCGGGUGCGGUUGCCGAGGAGGAGAAGCGUCUGCGCAAGAUUGCCCAGCGUGGUGUGGUGAAGCUAUUCAACGCCGUCCGCGCAGCACAGGUUCGUGGUGAAGAGGCCGCCAAGGAGGAGAGGAAGAAGGGCACUGUCGGUAUGGGCGAGCGGGAAAAGACAGUCAACCAGGUCAGCAAGCAAGGGUUCUUGGAGUUGAUCAAUGGAAAGAAGGGGAAACCUCUCAAUAUUGAGGAGGCUUAA